CGGUCCCUUACGAGUACUUAGCAACUGCUAUUUGGAAAAAGUACUCCGUACCAAACACAGUAUUGCGUAUUGACUCAUACCAACUCAACUUACUUUCCCCCGUGCCCGGUUUCUUGUUUCUGUCGCUGCAUUUCACUUCUUUCUCUUCCGGGCUUUCAAGCCGGAAUUUCUUGUCAUUUCUCUUUUCGCACGAACUCGGGAGGACCCAGCUUGGACUCGAUCUUUGAGGAAUUAAUCACAUCUUGAAGCCUACAGUCCGUGAUUAUUGACCCGUUCUCCUCGUUACAACCUGGCCCAUCAGGCAUACUCCCGUACGUCUUCUCGUUCCUGCGCCUGCAACACCCGCCACGGUUCCAAACUUCCACGCCUCAUGGCCCGGAUCCAUUGACCCUUGGCCAAUCUUGUCCAUUCCAACUUGCCCCUCCCCUCCCAAUUGCUUUUUAUCGCCCCGGCCAGAAAGCCCCCGUGGGACAUUCCGGGUGGAUCGUCACUCGGCCUGACAAGUGCAAAGCUGAAACCAACCUCGUCAGCUUGCGCCACACUCGGCUUCCAGGUGAGAAAGAAACGCCCCACACGCCCUGGACUUCGCCUUCAAGCCUACUUUCCUGCCUGGCUCUGCCUGUUCCCUCACCACCUCCCUCCUUCUCGACGGUCGACUUGCGCGUCGCUUCUUUCUACUCCAAUCAAUAUAGCCUCUGGGUGAACCGUUGCCUUCCUUCGUCCACCAUUUCAGGUUGGCGCGAAUCCUUCUACCUCCAUGGCGGCAUUGAUGCACACGAAUCCCGAGCCUAUCGCUGUAUCCAAUUCCAUCACCGGCACUACCGCCUCCAUUGCAAACGCAGAGUCCAUCGCUUUUCUCAAACCAUCCGGCAAACACGAAUCCAACUUGAGCUCCAUCGCUAGCGCUGGCUUGCACGUCUCGCGAUCCGCAUCUCCCAUGACGAGUCCCACGGCAGCGCCGGCGGAUCGGCCGGUCGACCAAGAUCGAGAAGCCGAACGAAACAGCUCACAGGUGGCUCGUGAGGCCCUGGGCGCGAGCGAGAAAUCGCCCGGUCCACCAAACCACGAGCCCUCCGUCCACGCCUCUCCAGAGCAGAUGCAGGUCGACACACACCCGAAUGAUACAUCAUCGGACCCGUACGGAUCAGCCGAUCACAACCAGAACUCUUUAAUGAACACCUCUACCGUCGCCAGUCCAGGUCCGAUCGAAGAGUCCUUGCAGGGUGGAGACCGACCUCGCCCGCGUGAAGACACGGACAUUGACCAAGAUAGCAACAAGGCCUUUUCGUAUCCCAUGCCCACCGGUGGAAUCAACGAUCCGCGUCGAGGGCUGAGCUUGCCCACCUCCGGGUAUAACAGAGGCGGUCCUCGCUCCCCUUCUGCAAAGAAGCACCGCUGUCCUUAUUGCGCAACCGAAUUUACUAGACAGCACAACCUCAAGAGCCAUCUCCUCACUCACAGUCAAGAAAAGCCGUUCGUUUGCCAAACCUGCCAGUCCCGAUUUCGCCGCCUGCAUGAUUUGAAGCGACACACCAAGCUCCACACUGGCGAACGCCCACACACUUGCCCCAAAUGCGGGCGGCGAUUUGCUCGCGGCGACGCGCUCGCACGACACAACAAGGGUCAAGGCGGAUGCGCUGGUCGGCGGGCAAGCAUGGGAAGCUUCCACCCCGAAGAUGAAUACGUCGACGGCCAACAUCCAGAUGACGGAAUGGAUGGAGUAGUAUACAUGGAGCCAGAGCGCAUGGACGAGGAAGAUGAGCGACGGCUCGGCCUUCCCAAUAUUCGCCGACACGAGACUGAUCAACUGAGUCGAUCCGAUUCUUCUCACACUGCUCGCCAACCGAGCACGUAUCCACCGAUCGCCGCUUAUCGUUCGAGUCUACCUCUACCUCAAGGCACACAAGGCGGCUCGGGCGCAUCGAUGGCGGGGGCAACCUCGCAGCCCAGCAACCACACCUUCCCGCCUGCCGGGCACUCGUCUGGGGCCUCCAUUUUCCCACCCUCGACUGUCAGCGACAGCCCGAGAGCGCUCUCUCCCAAUACUCUAUCACAGCACGACUCUAAUGCGCAACCACCGCACACAGCACACUCUCCGGGACUGGGCCAGUCGCUACCGCACCCACAGCCUUAUACCCGAACGAGUCAAUCCUCCGCGACCAACCAUGUACCGCCUCCAAUCGGUCUUCCCCCACCUCAGACCGGGGUGCAUCUACCUCCGCCCGUCAUCAAUUCACCGCAGACACGGUUCGACCCCCAGACCACCGCUAAGCACACACCCUCUUCGCACAGCCACUCCGGUAGCUACGGAUUCACCGCACCCAAAGUUGGGCUGGACGGCUCAGAUCCCGCGGGCGGUGAUAUCGAGAAGCUUUGGGCAUUUGUGCACGACAUGCAUAAGGAGUUGACGGGUCUGCGCACCGAAGUUGCAGCCCUCCGCGCGCAAAUUGCAUCGUCAAAUUCGACGGCUGCUCCCGUGCCGGUGGAGGUAAACCAGACCAUUCCCGGCUCGCGAUAACCAUACCCGCCGCGCUGUUCAAUUGAUCCUGGUGUGUACGAUAUGAAUAUAUCUCCUUAUUACAUCCAUCGGUUCUGUCGUAGAACCGAGUGUCGACCCUCCCUUCUCCUACUCUGUUGAUAACGUCCAAUUUUCCCUUUCCCAAGCGUUCCCACGCGGACGUUCAGUUUUUUUGAUGCCCCCUUCCACGAUCACACUCCCGACACUCGCCGGCGCUGGUGGUAUUUUCCUUCUCAUUUUCCUGUUUUAUUGCACUAAUUGUUCGGUGAUGAUGACGGUGGGGUAAUGGAUAUCUUAUUUAUCGGUUUUGAUAUUGCCCAUCUUUCCUGUCUUGCAACUUGUUGCCCCCGCGGUCACUGGAUCUCGAUCUCCAUUUCCAAGCUUCAGGUGGCUGUUUUGCAGCCGCAAGGUGUUUUUUUUUUUUUUCCUUUCUUUCCACUUGCUUUCCUGUUCCUAUUGGGUCAGCUGACGGAGUUCGGCGUACCAAAAAUGGAUAUCAUUGCAACAGAGACAUGCCUGAUCCCAGAUCUGUGAUCGAGCUGUUGAGUUAUUUCAUGACUAUGACCAUGGUAACCGGGAUCAAAUUUUCUCCAGACAUACCAGAUUUAUAUCUGCUCUGAUUGACGGUCCGGAUUCAUUGAUUGGAUCAUGACCACUCGAGCAGAUCAAAGUCCCGGGAUCCUGCUUAUCCCUUAACUUAUACUUCCUUCUCCUUUGUUCCCUUUGUUCUUUUCAUCCGUGCUUUGAGGCCCCCGAUUGGAUUGUCGAGUAUUCCAUGGAAUGACUGAAAUGGAGUUUCAUAUAUUCUCACCUGCUUGCGCUCUAUAUUUUCUUUAUCCCCCUUCUCCCGUGAGCUAUUCCAACCUAGGUAGUAGUGAUAAUAUACCCUGUACUUGAAUGAGUUUUUCUAACUUUCUAGUGUAUAUUACGUUUCUCAUGUAUUUAUACACAUCCGAACAACUGAAUUCCCCAUCCUAGCUCCAUCUAUACUUAGCAAGAUUAACAUACCCGUAGUAUACACAAUCAACCCCAUGUGCUCGUCCUCAUCCCCACUCCAAACCUCGGCGUCUC